AUGCUUAGCUUCAAACAAUUUGUCCUUCGCAAUCCGGACGGCACAAGCCAAGAUGUUUUAAAUGAAGGAUAUAAGAAGUAUUUGAAAGAGUACAGGGCUCACCAUGCCUCUCGCUUCUUUGAGGAAAACCACCACCUCGGGUUUAUGCACGAGGCCUACAACCCAAACCUGCUGAGGGAGCAGUUCGUACGGUGCAGGGAUAGAGCGCAGCAUCAAGCAAGAGUCUUCCUUCAACGUUGGGAAGAAGGGGGUUAUCGUAACCUGAAGUUGGAAGUGCCGGUCGGGCUGCUGGCAGGGGCAGGAGACGUGUCUCCUUUGCUGCUCGAGGAUUGGCCGCGUCAGGUGCGGGUCUCUACAAAGCAGCAGCAGCAAGAAGAGCUGCCUUUCGGGGUUUUUGCUGUUGCUCCUGAUGUCUUGCUGCUGCCGCAUGCAUGCUGCUUAGAGAUACACCACGUAGACCCUCGAAUCAACAAAUUCGAUGUCCUUAAGGCCCUAGAGAAGCGGGGUGCGUUGUACGCGGCGAUGGUCUCCAAUGCGGGGCCGACGUCUAGCAGAACUGCACACGUCUUUUUUGCUUCUCAAGAAGCAGCAGAUGAAGCCCUUGCUCAAGGCGCAGAGUUUACGAUUGUGCGUUUAUGCGGGGAUAGCCGAGGAGGUCGCGAUGGUGUAGAGCGCCUGAUGGAGUUCUCUCUUCGGCUGCAGCAGCCUGCUGCUGCUGCUGCUGCUGCUGCUGCUGCUUCUACUGUCUUCGUAUCUUUAACCCCUCCUGUCGCUCUCUCUGCUGCCAGACGCAAGAAAGACAGCAGCACGGCUUGGCAGUUGAUCAGAACCCUCGGUUUGUCCCUAAACCCUAAACCCUAA